AUGAGCAGCCAAGGCCCCCUGACAACGUAUCUGCUAGGCAGCACACCAGGCGGCCUAGCCCGAGCAACAAACCACCCCUUUCUAGCAGCGGCAGGCAGCGGCACCCUCCCAAAAUCAACCCUAAGCCAAUGGCUCUCCCAAGACCGGCUCUACGCCCAAUCCUACAUCCGCUUCAUAGGCCUCCUCCUCGCAAAAAUCCGCCUCCCCCGCAAGCCCCCUCAAGCCCAAACCCACUGCACAACCCCCCGAACAAAAAGCAAUCACAGUCCUCAUCGACGCGCUCCAAUCUCGUCCGAGGAAGGUGGCGAGCGUACCUCCUGCGGCUCUGGUAGAUGCAUCACUACCUCAGCUGGAAUCUCAAGUACCGGCUCAAGCGCCUGCCCGGGUUCCACUGGCGGCCGCGAUGGGAAUGCCCUCCUAGCCCGCGACCCCUCAAUCGAUGAUUUCGGAACCGGCUCUGGCUCCCAGGGCGUUGCUGCUACUGGUUCUGGCGCACCCUCCGCCGACCAUGCACUCUGUCGUUCGCAGGGCGAGUGUCAGAUGCCAGCCGGGAGCGAGAUGUGCGUGCCGCAACCGCAGUUCGACACACAGUCUGUUCAGAACUUGUCGCCGUUUGGUAAGGUUUCGACGACUUCGCCUGCGACGGCGGAUGGGGCGGGGACUGGAGCUGGGACUGGUGGACCUGGACCUGCUCGCACGCCUGAAGCGAUGGAUGUUGUUACAGAGCUUGACCAGUGUGGGACGAUUUCCUUCAGCGCUAGUCGGACGACGAGGGCUUAUAUCGAUAUGUUUAUGAGUGCCGGUAGUGCGGGUGUUUCGGUUUUGGAGGGGUUGGCUGUGCUGUGGGCUACGGAGGUUUGUUACCUGCGGGCGUGGAGGUUUGCGGCUGGGUAUAUGAGGCAGAAUAUGGACGAGAAGCAGGAUUAUAAGGGUGAUGCGGAUGGGGGAGCGUUGAGGGAGAAGUUUAUUGCCAAUUGGUCGAGUGAUGAGUUUGAGGUGUUUGUUAAUUCUAUUGGGGAUGUUGUUGAUGAGAUGGCUGGGCAGCUCAAGGGGGCCGAGGAGACUGAGUUGAUGCGUGGGAGGUGUUUGGAGUGGUGGAAGCAGAUUCUUUGGUUGGAGGAGAGGUUUUGGCCGAAAGUUAAGCCUUAUCAGUAG